CGGGUUAAAAAUAAAGUGCGGCGGUCACACUGUCUGACACACUGCAACAAAUUUGUUUUGAAGCUCGGGUUGGAAUCUCCCCGAGAAUCGGGAAAAAUGGGCACCACGGAGCUCCAGCACUCCGUCCACUCGCUGUGUCGCAUCUGCUUGAUCCACAUGGACCAGGAUGAGCGCCAUGAUUUGUUCCGCGCACCAGACCUGGUCAGGAAACUAAUGGCUUGCACUUCUUUGGAGGCGGACCAAAGUGACGGCUUCCCGAAGCACCUCUGCACCCAGUGCUACACCAAGCUAAAUGAACUGCACGACUUCCGGGAACUGUGUACGGCAUCCAUGAAACGCUUCAAGGAAAUAAUGGCCAGCAAAAGGAAUAUACCCAUGGGACUUUUUGAGCCCGUGGCGGAGGAAUCUGAGGCAUUGGGCAGGCAGGAGGAGCAAUCCACCUUUGAUCCCCUGCUGAACCACAAGCUGGAGAUGAUUGACAACGAGGAGGAUGUGUUUAAGAUGCUGGAAACAGUGGACAGGGAACCGGAGGAUCAUGGUAGUGGUCGUAGCAAUGAGUAUUCCUCCAGUGAAGAUGAGGAGGAGAACAAGCCCGCGGCGGAGAGCUUCUCCAGCGCGGACGAGCAGCCCCUGGCCAGUCGAAGGAGGUUACCCAGCGGCGGGCGUCACCUGCACCGCUUGAUUACCUGUCCCAUCUGCCAGCAGAAGUUCAAAAAGCCGUCAAAGUACGAGGAGCACAUGAGGCAUCACAACGACCUAUUGCCUUUUCAGUGCGUGGAGGAAAACUGCCGCAAGGGCUUCACCACAGCAGGUGCGCUGCGUUUGCACGUGGACUAUGCGCACACCAAGAAGGCCGAUGAGAUUCCCUGCACGGUGGAGGGCUGUAGGUUGCUAUUUCCCCGUCUCCGCCUGCUGACCAUCCACCUAAAAAAAGUGCACAACCAGGCGAGGGUGAGUGCUCCGCGGGUUGAGCAGCCUUGCAGGGAGUGCGGCAUGGUCUUCCGCUGCCCAGUGGCUUUAAAGAAGCACAUGUACAAGCACACGGGCGAAGAGCUUCCCUAUCCCUGCAACAUCUGCGGCAAGGGCUUCCACAUCAAUAGUGCCCUUAAGAACCAUCUUCUCCGUCAUGCCGGCAUCAAGAACUAUGUGUGUCCGUACUGCGGAGUGGGAAAGACCACGCGACAGGAAUGGAGCAAGCACAUCCUUACCCACACACAGGAGAAAAAGUUCAAAUGCCAUAUCUGCGAUCAUGCCACCCACACAAAGCGGGCACUGGAUAGCCACGUAAAGAUCGUGCACGAGAAGAUCCGGAAUUUUGCCUGUCAGUACUGCGGGAAAACCUUUGGAAAAUCGCAUGCCUGCAAGAUCCACGAGAUGACGCACACAGGAGAGAAGCGCUGCGAGUGCAAAGUUUGUGGCAAGAAGUUCCUGUAUACGGAGAGCCUUACAAAACACCUUAAAAUCCACGAAAAGAGCGUCGAGAGAGCUCUGGAAACAUAUCGACAAAGAAAGGGAGAGGCGGAUCCUGGAGAAAUCCAAGUGGACGCGGAUCAAUUGCUAAAGGUGUGCGCCGAGUCCGUGGCCACUAUACCGAAGGAUCCUCGGCGCGUGGAGCGAGUGGAUUUGGCCCAACUGGCGGGUACCGUGGUUAAUCCCAUACCCACAGUUCAGAUGCCGCCCACCGAAGUGUCCAUACGGUCGAAGUUCGUCCAGAAGGAGGGCAUGCAUCUGUGUCCCGGCUGCAGCCAGGGAUUCAAUAAUCUGGGCAACAUGAAGCGCCACUACAAGAGCGUCCACGAAAAGGUUAAGGACUUUGAAUGCCGCUUCUGCUCGCGCCGCUUCGCCAACUCGCAAUCCCUGAAGCAACACGAGUGGAUACACACAGGCGAAAAGCCGUAUGAGUGUAAGGUUUGUGGCACUCAUUUCCGCCAGGAAGCUGCUCUAAUCCGCCAUCAAAAAGUCCAUGAUGAAAAGCCGCCAAAGCCUCCAAGACCACCUAAGGAAAUCAGCGAAAGAGCCCGCCAGAAGGCGAUGCAUAAAAGCGAGCGAAGACGGGAGGUGGAGGCUCUCCGGCAGGAGAUUGCUGAGGCCGCCAAGGAGGAGCUCAAGGAUCUGGAAAAACAACGGACACUGGAGAAGCAGCUGAACACCUACGAACAGUAUCAGGCAGCGGCAGUUGGCCAGAAUAAUCCUGAAUCCAUGGAGUCUUGAUCACAGACAUUAGCUUAAGGUUUCCAUUAGGCUUCAAGACUUCCCAAACGAGUGGGAGUGUAAAUUGUUGGUUAAUGUUUAACUACCGCUUAAUUGUUACUCUAGUU